CAACAUUAAAUAAUAACUGUUGAUCUAGCACCAUACUAGACUAUGCGGAAACGAAUUCGCAGUCAGUUGCACUUGCAGUGAUGAUGUUCGGAUUGAUUAAGUAACGUGUCAUCGAAAAGCAGAGACACACAUUUUCUGGCUUAAGACUCAGUACUCUAUACGCGUAGUUGGUGCAGCACCAUGGUGGAGGAAAAUUCCCACCAGCACAGUGCCAAUGGCAGUGACCAGAGCAAUAACGCCAACUACAAGUUCACCCCCCGGCAGCUGGAUGCACAGAAGAGACGGGAGGACAAUGAGAACCAUCGAAUGAUCUCCAUGGUGUUCCUAAGCCUGUUGAUUGACCUGCUUGCGUUCACUAUGAUUCUACCCCUACUACCAUCUCUGCUGGACUAUUAUGCACAACAUGAUCAGGGUGGUCUCCUGCCAGUGUUACGAUCCAGAAUCGACAGCUUCAGGGACCUUCUUGGAAUUCCUGACACUCACAAAUAUAAUUCUGUUCUAUUUGGUGGUGUGAUUGGAUCGUUGUUCUCAUUUUUGCAAUUUAUUGCCAGUCCUGUCAUCGGUGCUGCAUCUGAUGUGUAUGGCAGAAGACCUCUGAUGCUACUAACAAUGACAGGCAUAACCAUAUCUUACUGCAUAUGGGCCGUUUCGCACAACUUUACGCUUUUCGUCAUCGCACGCAUCAUUGGUGGAAUCAGUAAAGGUAACGUCAGCUUGAGCACAACCAUUGUCACCGAUGUGUCUACAGCCACGACAAGAGGCAAAGGAAUGGCACUGAUAGGAAUAGCCUUCUCCUUAGGUUUCAUCAUGGGUCCUAUGAUAGGUGCCUACUUUGCCAUGUCGUCUGGCGGUAAGGGAGAGGCAUUAUACUUCAAGCCGGCCCUGUUUGCAAUCACGCUGGCUGUGGCUGACAUCAUCUUUAUCUUCUUGUUUUUCAAGGAGACGUUACCCACAAACAAGCGAGCGGGGUCUCUUGGAAGUAGCUUCAAGGAUGCCUGCGAUCUCAUCAGUCCACUCUCGCUGUUCCUCUUCUCAGCCGUCAAGAAGUUAAAACCGUCUGAGCUUCAGAUGCUUCGUCUGCUUGGUGUCUGCUACUUCCUGUAUCUCUUCCUGUUUUCGGGGUUAGAGUUCACUCUGACAUUCCUGGUUCACAGACGAUUCCAGUACACAAGUAUGCAACAGGGUAAGAUGUUUGUCUUCAUCGGUGCUUUCAUGGCUCUUGUGCAAGGUGGCUGUGUUCGAAGAAUACGCCCAGGCAAGGAGAAACGGGUAGCAGUUAUUGGGAUUGUCGUUCUCAUUCCGUCUUUCAUCAUCAUUGGCUAUGCACAGUCGAUCGCACUUCUAUAUAUUGGUUUGGCAUUAUUCUCUUUUGCUGCAGGUACAGUGGUGUCCUGCAUGACAACUGUUGUGUCUGCAUACGGUACAGCAGACCAGAAAGGCACCAUCAUGGGCAUCUUCAGAUCCCUCGGUGCCCUUGCAAGAGCAUUAGGACCAAUAUUUGCUUCAGUGUGGUUCUGGAGUAUGGGGCCUACGAUCUGCUAUGCGAUGGGCGGAGUCCUGCUGAUCCUCCCACUCAUUGGCCUUAGUAGGGUGGUGCCUCUCAAACUGGAACACUGAUGAUAUGCCUUGACAGCUAAGAACACUAUGCAUAUGCAUGAUAUGUAAAUUUACGUACGACUAUUUGAAAUGGGACUAUUUGAAGUCUGCUCGCACAACACCCUGACAAAGUUUGCAAUUUUUUGUGUUUUAUGUUUUAGGCCAAAACAAAUUACUUCUGCUUCUGAUUACAUGGCAUUUGAAAAUAGGGUAGGUAGGGAUUUUCUCUCUUUUUU